AAAUUAUGCAAAAUAAUUUUCUAUAUAAGAAAAAACUGCAACAGUCGGCUUAUUACUUUCUAAAAUCUUAAAAAUGUCUUUUACCAUUUUAGUUACUGUUGUGUCUACUUUAAUCUGGAUCGGUUCAGUCCAAUCCUACCAAGUAUGUAAUGAUCCAUCACCAAGUAACUUUAACGAAUUUGAAUGUGCUACCACAACUUGGUUUUUUUACGGUGGAAGUACUGAAUGCGAUGGUUGUUGUAUUAUACGCAACAUGACACUUUUAGAACCUGGAACAAUUCUUGUAACAGAUACUACAACCAUAAAUGGAAUAUCUACCCCCAAAAAUUACGAAGUUAAGCGAUAUGGAACGGAACCUAUUUAUUUCGUGGAUAAUGACCCACAACCCUUAGUAAUAGUUGAUACAGAUUGUAAGAAAUACUGCGUAAUUUACGAUUACAAGAAUGGUGAAUUAAUGACGCUCACUGGUAAAGCACAACAAAAGCGUAAUUUUCAAAGUGGUUUGCAUGGUGUCCAAAAAUGUGGUAUUGAAAUGUUCGAUUAUAAUCCUAAAGAAGCUUGUAAAGGUGUAAAAACUAAUUACUAAUGUUUCUGUGUAUUAAUCAAUAUACAUUAUUCAUAUACUUAUGUUGUGUACUUAAAAGCGAAUGUAGCAUAAUAUAUAACAAUAUAUGGUGGUAUAUAUGGUUUA